UACUGGUCAUGGACCGGGCCGCGGAGGCGUUGACCCCCGGAACACCCUCCAGGUAUCCUUAUUUUACGUCACUUAGUUUAGCUAUCAGUGGCCCUUACAAACCCAACAACAAUCCAAGUGGGCGGAUAAUGUCAGUAGUCUGGAAAAUACGUGUUCGACAAUGGGGCUUGGAAAAGAAUCCUCUGAUACCAGAACCAACUACAAGUCACCCAUUGCAAGGAGUGAAAGACAGAACACUGAAGCAAGCUGGACUAGUAUAUGAGAAGAAAAGCAGACCUACUGUACAGCCAAUGAUGAUUGACCCAUUAUCAUCAGUUCUUGAUGGCCCUGACCCUCUGAGUGAUCUACUUGGUGCCUCAGAUCCUCUUUCGGGCAAGGCUUUUCCAUCUGCCUCACGUCAGGCAAUGGAGGCUGAUAAAGAUACAGAGAUGGCCAUUACUGACAGUCGACAUAGCACAUGGGAGCAACACCGAGCAUUCAUACUGUCCAAUUUCACUACAACUGGGACUCUCACAUUCACAUCAAGCUUCCUACAACCAUCAGACUCGGCUGAGAGCAGAGCUGUGCCGCUCCACAGACGCGUUGUGAAGACCCAAACAGCCGUCACUGAGAGACAUCGGACACCAGGUAUGAGUGGCAGUGAAAGAAUAAGAGCACGGUUGGAGCAGUUAGAUACAUUAGACGAGAUGAGUGGAGGUGGUGUGGUGCGUGAAGUUGGAGGACUCACCCAGGAGGAGUUUACUCAUCGUUUAAAUGGCCUAAAACAAGAGUUGACUGAGGCGUGGCAAUCUGAUCAGCGUGUUAAAGCUCUCAAGAUAGCUAUCCAGUGUGUGAAGUUACUAAGCCUUUCUGUCCCAGAGCAUUUCUACCCUAGUAAGUUUGUUCUGGUGAUAGAUAUCCUGGACACAUUGGCUUCACUUGUCUAUCAGCGACUCAAAUUCAAGUCCCAGAGUGAGAAUUUUCCAGUUGGUGGCAGUGACACUGGAAAAUUGGAAGCUCAGGAGACAACUCGAAACUGGUUUUACAAAGUGGCUUCUAUCAGAGAACUCCUGCCAAGGCUUUAUCUUGAAGCUGCCCUCUUGCCUUGUUACUCCCUUAUCAAUGUUCAAGAAGGUGAACAGGCUCUGUCAAGAUUAUCACGAAUGAUCCGAGGAAUUGGUGAUCCUCUGAUGGCUGCUUAUGCACGGAUGUAUGUGUGUCGCAUGGGCUUUGUGAUCGCACCCACACUUACUCAACACAUUUCUGAAAGCAUAGAAGAUUUUCUGCAUGCUCUGAAACAGGGUCUAUGGCCAGAAGGUGAAGCAGACAUGAACAUGGGCGAGGAUAAGGAUUCUUUGGCAGCUCGAGUUUUCUUCCCUCCACUAGAGUGGAUGAUGCAGUGUUUGGCUAGCUGUGCCCCCCACCAUAUCUUACAGAGUAUCCUACGCCAAUGUGAGGAAGGAGAGGGAUUGGGGCAGAACCUCCUUGUUUCUUCCCUCCUUGCCACAUUUCCUCACCACUUCAUAGCCCUGCAGGCACUUCCUCUCACUCACCUCAUAGCUGGUUGUUCUUAUCCAGGUAAACUUCAGCAUGAACUGUUGUCAUCCCUCGGUGUGUGUGUCAACCAAGCAGCUCCACCCCAGCAGCAGCAGCUGCCCCUUCUUAACGCCGUGUGGAAGCUCAUUGCUCGUGUACCCAACACCAAAGAUUACCUCUCUACUGCUGGCAUAUGGCUGGAGUUUACUGCUAAACAUUUUACAUCAGUUGAGGUUAACACCCUCCUCGGAGAUGUUCUGAAGCAUGUUGGAACAGAUCGCAGCCAUGACCAGACUCAUUAUCCUGCGAUGCUCGCCCUGGUCUCCACAGCCCUCACUAAUUCUACAGAUCCUCACUCACUUUUCUCUAUGAAGGACUUUGUGGGCUUAUUGAAUGUCCUUCAACGUGACAGCGUGAGUGCAGGUGAUGGAUUGACACGUGGAGUGGUUGAAGCACUGCUUACACAUCACCCUGGAGACUUCACUGACCAUCUUAUGCAACACCUCCUCACUCGUUGUGGUGCACUUUCAUGACCAAUAAGUGAUGCUCUAACAACUGACGAUGAAAGGCGACAACUAUCCCAGUUGAUUAUAUCUUUUAUUCGGCAAGUUAAUUUUGGUCGAGACUUUGAGCAACAGUUAGACUUUUAUGUUAAUGCUCGGGCUGCCUUUUCCAACCUGGACACAGUGCUGGUCUCUCUUGUACAGUGUGUGUGUCGGCUAGCAAUGGCAACAUGGAAUGUGAUGCACAGUCAGCACUCCGGCAAGACAGCAUCAUUUGUUCGUGCUUGUGCUGCAUAUUGCUUCAUUACUGUGCCUUCCCUAGCAUACUCUACAACCCGUCUCAAACUUUAUCUACUCUCAGGCACUGUAGCACUAAUAAAUAAUUGUUUAGGCCAAGGAGAUGCAUGCAUGAAGGCUGCCAUCAUGGAGGUGUUGGAAAUAGAAGGCUCAACAGAAUCGGCUCCCACUUCUCAAGUUCUCCGAUUAUUAGUUGCCAAUUUAGCUUCCACCUUGGUUGCUACACCAGAUCCUCCUGAUGCCUCUCCACCAUUAUAUUUGCUUCGUGGUCUUACUAAUGCUUUACGAUCCAGCUCGUGGCAAAAAGAAACAGACAUUCAAGCUGUCUUGUCAAUUUCAUUACUACAUGCUCUUUCUGCAGCAUCUCAGGAUAGUUUACCUUACCAUAUUCACUCAGUUGAGGGUAAUGAUUCACUGUAUGGAGGAGACCCAAAAGUACAGCAAGAGGCAGAACAAUUAUGUACAACACUGUUACAUAAUAUUCUCUUGCACAUACAGAGUUUAACUGGAAUUCAUGAGAAACGUUGUGGACCACUGGCUUUUUCACUCUUUUGGUGUAUAGUGACCUGGUGUGACUUGACCCAACCCCAGAUGAUGAAAGUGACCUCUCAAAUAUGGUCUUUGGUACUCAAGCAUUGUCAUCCAGAGACUGUGGUUCAAGCAAGAGAUUGGAUAUCAAGACAUUCUGUUCAUCAAAAACACACAAGCCUUGCUCAGCUAGUUAGACAUGGCCAGGCAUAGAAAUCAUAUAAUUUUUAAAUUAAAAGAUUAUAUUGCAGUUAAUACUACUGAAUAGUUUUUUAUUAUACCUUUAUAACAAGGUUAAUUUAUAUAAAACAUUCUCUUAGGAAUCCAAGAGGGAAUGGGUACUUUGAGUAAUAUCAAUAUUCAGAUUUCCUCUAGUGUUUAUUUUGGACUCUGUUUUUAAAUUGGAAUUUUGCAUAAAAUUGGCAAAAUUACCAACCUUGGGAUAUUUUGUAGAGUAGUUCUGAUAGUUCAGUGGACAAUUUCUUGCACUCGGUCAAAAGAAUAAAAGGCAUGCUAGUGAAAUAACUAGGAAUUUGAUCAAACUGAGAAAUGAAAUUGGCUUAAAAUAGGACUUAGAAUGGGCAAAAUUGAAUCAAAACCACCAAAUUUAAUCCUGUGUAAUUCCCUAAGUUUUCCAUUAAAUUUUGCAUUUUUGGUGUCAUUACUGUGGCCCGGUUGGAAGCACAAUCAAUGAUAAACCAGAGACCCCUACAAGACAACAGCCAGUACAUGCAGAGGUUAUGGCAAAAUUGUCGACAUGGAAUGACGAGGAAACAGUAAAAGACAGACACAUUGUAAUAUGCACUUUCCAAGUCUGUUUUAUGGUUUAAAAUUUUUAACACAUUUGGAAAUGGUUAAUUUUUUCCUUUCAUAUUUUUUUAAUGUUGUAUUCCUACAUUCUUUUUAUCUUCUAUUAUAUUUAUUUUCUGAAAAUUUUUUUUACCUGUGAUCAAGGAAUGUAAACUUCAGAUUUUUUUAGUACUGUAGUGUUUUAAACAGUUUAACAUGUGCAGAUAAUGAGUAAUGAACAUAUUGAGACAAUCAUUUCACUUCUUUACACAAAAUGGUGACAUAUGCAAGGGUCAUACAUAAGAUUGUGUCACCCUUUUAUGUAAGUUAGAAAACUGUGUGUGACUGCUGUUUGCAGAAAUUCUUUGUCACUUAACUAUAUAUGUUUAAAGCUGUGUGCAGGAUUGAGGUACAAUAUAUUAAAGUGAAAUGAUUUACAACCAGAUUUACAAUGAUUUAAAACAUAUUAUAUUUAAUAGUGCAUUGGGGAGACAUUGUAAUUUUUUUUUUACCAACUGGCCAUAUCCCACUGAGGCAGGGUGACCUAAAAAGAAAGUUUCUCAUUUUAAAUUUGUUAAUUUAUACAGGACAAGGGGUUACUAGACCCCUGCUCCUAGCAUUUUAGUCACCUCUUAUGACAUGCAUGGCUUACAGAGGAAGAAUUCUGUUCCACUUCCCCAUGGAGAUAGGAAAUAAAAAAGAAGAACUAGUAAGGAAACAGAAGAAUACCCAGAGGGGCGUGUGUAUAUAUAUGCUUGUACAUGUAUGUGUAGUGUGACCGAAGUGUAAGUAGAAGUAGCAAGACAUACCUGAAAUCUUGCAUGUAUAUAAGACAGAAGACACCCGCAAUCCUACCAUCAUGUAAAACAUUGUAAUUACAGUGGUACCUCAGGAUACGAAUUUAAUUCGUUCCAGAAGGCUGUUCGAAUGCCGAUACCGAAUGAAUUUGUUCCCGUAAGGAAUAAUGUAAAUUAGAUUAACCCGUUUCAGACCCCCAAACAUACACUUAAAAAAGCACUUACAUAAAUGCACUUACAUAAUUGUUCGCGUUUUGAGCUGUUCGUAUCCCAGGUACCACUGUAUAUUGUAUAAUUUUUUUCAGUAUUAAUCUUAUGAACAUUUCUUAUCGAACAUCAGCAUUUUAAUAAAUAUUUAUCUACCA